CUUUGAAACACUGGAUAUUCUGUUCACUAAAGAGCUGCAAAACCAGUGGCUGCAGACCCGCAGCCCCCGAACGGGCUCUUCCCAACAGGAGAAGACGUGUCCCCGCAUCAGCCCUACCCGCGCCCCGCGCCCGCCCUUGCUACUCACCCCGCGGCGCGCAGGCCGCCGCCACCGGCCUUAUCGCGCGGCCUCGAGGUCAGCAGCAGCUGUCUCGAAGCCGUUAACACACAAACAGGAGGGUUUUUUUCUCUUUUCUGUCAGGGAAAAGCGGGUUCUGUCCGGAAAACGCAGGUGUAGCUGCUGCGCGACCCCCCCGCCAAGCGCGCUCCCCUCCUGGCCGCCGCGGCCCGGGCCCCCCCGAGGCGGCUCCCUCGCCUCAGCCGCCGGCGGGUGACCCCGCCCCGGGCGCCGGGGGGGAGGGCGAAGCCCCCGCUCUUUACAAAGGCGCCCCGGGAGCGGCGCGGCCGGGCUCGCAGCCAUGCCCCUGAGGAGGCCGCCGCCGGGCGCCGGCAAGCGGCGCAGCACCGACUCGGGCGUGGAGCCCGACCGCGGGGCCCUCUCCCGGGAGAAGAAGGAGCAGCGCAUCGCGCUCUUCCUCAGAGACUUCGACCAGCAGGCCAAGGAAAACAUCCAGGAAAUGAAGAAAGAACUUGAUUCGCUUUUGCAAACAGCUGAGAAGGCGUUUACAGUGGAGUUGCUGAAGAUGCCAAUUGCCAUCAGAAAAAUGAAAAGAAAAGACUUGCUUAAUUUGCAAGGAGGGGAGGAAGUAGCUCUUGCUGCAGCAGUGACGGACUGCUCUCUAGAAGACAUACCAAAUCCAAAACUGAUGAGGACCAACAGCAAAAAAGUUAAGGUAACUACAAUUGUUGAAUACGAAGAUGCCAAGCAUAUUUCUGCAAACAAAAUAUCUAAAAAAGUAUCCAAAACAAAGUCGUUGGUUUCACUGGCCUCUGGUUUAAAUAGCAAGCUGAACCCUCUUCCUAGGUCUGCUCACUCUUCUCCAAGUGUGAGUGAGGCUGUUAAGACUCUUGCCUCUGAUUGCAGUGCCACAAAUUACAAAGCCAUGCCAAAGGUAUCUAAAAGUGCUAGAUUACAACCUGGUGUCCCAAGAACUGUACCUCCCAGUGGAAGAGUCCAAGGCAUGUUACUAAGAAGUAAAUCAGUACCCCAAGAUAAAACAGUUCCAUUUGUAAACAUUCCCCUGGCUGAUGGACAGACACUCUGUACAGCUGCUGGAGACCUCCAUAACAUUGAUGUGCAACUAUUAAAUCAAGAUACAGUACAGCAUAUUCAUAACUUAGUGGUAAGCUUAAAACUACUAACUUUUGUAAGUAUUCACAAAAAGCUUUAUAGAGAUUGACAUCUAGUCCUAGAUUCUCAUGUGAGGCACUGACACAACUUUUAAAUGUGUAAUUGUUCUGAGAGUAAGCCUAACUUGGUUGGCAUAAGUUGGAGGGAGGGACUAGGGAGUGGGAGGAACAGGGAGGGGAGAACUGCUGCACAUCGAUAAUGCAAGCGUAAAUGUGCUUACAGAAGGAUAUGGAGUCUGGUAGUUGCCUGGGGGAGGACAGAAGCAUAAACUCAUCUUUCUCAAUCUCUCCAAUGUCUGUCCUACCACGAGCUAAGUGCCAUGCUCUAUUGCAUAUUCACAAAGCCUUGUGAAGAUACAGCUAAGUUUCAGCUCUUGUUACAAUCCCUCUAUCGUUCUCUUGCUGAGUAAGAACUCCUGUUAAUUCUCUGCUGCACUUGAAUAGCAACUGUCUUAUCUUUGGUUCAGGGAAGUAAAUUGGUUUGAAACAGAAUACAGUUGAACAGAAUCUUGUAGCACAUAGUGACUCUGCUAGAGACAAGCAUAGCUGGGGUUGUUGGACACAUUCAUAUGGAGCACUAGAAAUCCAGUAUAUACCUAAACACAAGUAAGUAUAAAUCAGUUUGUGAUGCUGUAGGUAUUUAGACUUGAAUGCAGUGGUGCAAGUUAAAGAUGUGGAAGCUAGUUUGUAUUUUGUAACAUGCACCUGCCUCUGGAGGCAGAGAUGGAGGCAGAGAUUGAGGGUGUGUUUGCUCAUUGUUUGUUUUAGCAACAGCUAGUUUUUCUAUUUCUGCUUAUGUGCAUGUAUCUGGUAGCUUGAACUAAAAUUCAUUUUCUUUGCCCUUAGAGUGAGCUGACUGUACUAUGUGGAAAGGCAACAGUUAAACCAAGUUAAUGGAACUUGCCCAAAGGUCUGUCUCCUGACUACUGAAUAUUCAUAUGACAGCUCUUGCUUGCCUCUUCUGAAGUGUUUAGAGAAUUUCCGUAAUGUCUUAAUAAAGCUGUGUACUGCCCAAUAAAUGUUUUUAUAUAAAGCUUACAA